AUGCCUCUAAAUAUUGAUUUAAACACUCCUAUUGAUCCUGAAAUGAUAGAAUUCAACUUAUUAUCUUCCAUUGAUCUAAAUGAUCCCUCUUCAAGUACUUUUAAUGUAUCUUCCAUUGAUUUAAAUGUGUAUCCAUCAAAUGAAGAAGAGGAAAAAGAACAUGAAGAAAUAUGUCAAGAUGAAUUUCAAGAUUCAUUUUCCAGUAAUGAUGAAAGUAAUAACGACCCCAUUUUAGAUCAAAUUCUAGCAGCCAUGGAAGAAGACAUGGUUCAACAUGGGACACAACAGUCUGAUAACGAGCGCAACUUCUUGAACAAUGAUGAACGAAAAACUGUCUCUCAGUUAUUGAGAAAGAACAGUAAUGGUGAAAAACUUAACCGCGGGACUGUUAGAUGGAUUGCUACAUCAUAUUCGGUCUCAAUGUCAGCUAUUUAUCGACUUUGGAAGCAAGUACGUCAAACGGGUGAUUCUUCCCAUAAAAGAACAAAAAAUUGUGGUCGGAAAAGAGUAGAGAUACAUAUUGAGAAAGUGCGCAACAUUCCAUUAGCUAAGCAUAGCACUCAAAGGGGGUUAGCUAAAGCAUUGGGCAUUAGCAAGACGGCAUUGAUGAAGUUUAUCAAAGAUGGAAUUUUGCAUCGUAAUUCAAAUACACUAAAGCCACACUUGAAAGAUAGUAAUAUGAAAGCUCGACUCAAAUUUUGCUUGUCCAUGCUUGAUGAAACUAGCAUUCCUCAUGACCCACAAUUUAAGUCCAUGUAUAAUGUUGUGCACAUAGAUGAGAAAUGGUUUUACAUGACUAAAAAGACCGCAAACUAUUACCUUCUUGCAGAUGAGAAUAAGCCAUACCGCACAUCCAACAAUAAAAAUUACCUUGGUAAGGUAAUGUUUUUAGUUGCAGUGGCUAGACCUAGAUUUGAUGAUGAAGGAAAAGAGACAUUUUCAGGAAAAAUUGGUGUGUGGCCUCUAGUUCAUCAAGUUGCAGCAAGAAGAUCAAGUGUCAAUAGACCCUCGGGUACACUCGAAACAAAACUGAUUGGUUCUAUCAAUAGAGAAGUUACCCGUUCGUUUUAUAUAAAUAAAGUUUUACCGGCCAUUAAACAAUUUUGGCCACAAGAACAUGCAAUGGAAACAAUUUAUAUACAACAAGAUAACGCGCCAUGCCAUAUUUCUCCUGAUGAUGAAGAAUUUUGUAGAGCAGCUUCUGAAGGUGGGUUUGACAUUCGAUUGAUAUGUCAACCACCUAACUCUCCCGAUUUGAAUGUUUUGGAUUUGGGUUUCUUUAGUGUCAUUCAAUCAUUGCAGCAACAAGAAGUUACUAUAGAUCAGUUGAUGAGCUUAUCGAAGUUGUGCAAAAAUCAUAUGAUGAUUUUUCUAGCAUAG